CGUGGGGGCCGUUGGCUCCAGACAAAUAAACAUGGAGUCCAUCUUCCACGAGAAACAAGAAGGCUCCCUUUGUGCACAACACUGCUUGAAUAAUCUAUUACAAGGAGAAUAUUUUAGCCCUGUGGAGUUAUCUUCAAUUGCACAUCAGCUAGAUGAAGAAGAGAGAAUGAGAAUGGCAGAAGGGGGAGUUACUAGUGAAGACUAUCGCACUUUUUUACAGCAGCCUUCUGGAAAUAUGGACGACAGUGGUUUUUUCUCUAUUCAAGUUAUAAGCAAUGCCUUGAAAGUUUGGGGUUUAGAACUAAUCCUGUUCAACAGUCCAGAGUAUCAGAGGCUCAGGAUUGAUCCUAUAAAUGAAAGAUCAUUUAUAUGCAAUUAUAAAGAACACUGGUUUACAGUUAGAAAAUUAGGAAAACAGUGGUUCAACUUGAAUUCUCUCUUGACAGGUCCAGAAUUAAUAUCAGAUACAUAUCUUGCACUUUUCUUGGCUCAAUUACAACAGGAAGGUUAUUCUAUAUUUGUUGUUAAGGGUGACCUGCCAGAUUGUGAAGCUGACCAACUCCUGCAGAUGAUCAGGGUCCAGCAGAUGCAUCGACCAAAACUUAUUGGAGAAGAAUUAGCACAAUUGAAAGAACAGAGAGUCCAGAAAACAGAUCUGGAUCGAGUCUUAGAAGCAAAUGAUGGGUCAGUAAUGUUAGACGAAGAUGAAGAAGAUCUGCAGAGGGCUCUGGCACUAAGUCGCCAAGAAAUUGACAUGGAAGAUGAAGAAGCAGAUCUCCGCAGGGCUAUUCAGCUCAGUAUGCAAGGUAGUUCCAGAAAUAUAUCUCAAGAUACUGCACAGACUACAGGUACACAUCUUACUUCAGAAGAGCUACGGAAGAGAAGAGAAGCCUACUUUGACAAGCAGCAGCAGCAGCAACAACAGCAGCAGCAGCAGCAGCAGCAGCAACAGCAACAGGAUCUUCCAGGACAGCUUUCAUAUCCUUGUGAAAGGCCAACCACAAGCUCAGGAGCCCUUGGCAGUGAACUCGGUGAUAUGAGUGAAGAAGACAUGCUUCAAGCAGCUGUGACCAUGUCUUUAGAAACCGUUAGAAACAAUUUCAAAACAGAAGGGAAAAAAUAAUUCCCUUUAUAUAUCAUUUAGAUAUUCGUACUUUCCAGCAGUAUCCUGUGUGAUUGCAGCAUAGGGUCCAUUUUGGUAAUGUGUCAGAGAACACAGUUCAACAGAGGAAAAAGGCCUUUAGAUGGUUUGCAAACAAAAACAUGUGAAUGGAAAACUACGUCAUUUGUAGGACUGAAAAAUGCUCCUCCAAGUCCUAGCCAAAGAGGCAUCCAGCAAUUAAAGAAAUUUAAAAUAGUUUUCUAAAUGUCCCUUUUUCUUUGAGUGUGCAAUAUCUGACAUGUCUAAAGUUUGGGCAUUUUCCUGGAUCUUUGCAGACCAACUAAUGCGCUCUUGCCACCAAACUGUUCUCUCCCACCCUUCUGUGUAGGUAACUGGCCUCACGUGGGUCACCCACUAGUUGUUUUUUAUUUCUCGUUAACCAGAUUAACUUUAUAGGGCAGUGUCUCUUGCCUUUGUUGAAAAUAGUCACGGUUCCUGAAGGGGAGGAUACGCUCUUCUCCCUCCCACCUAUGUUCUGACUUUGGGUGUUUUCUCAUGUUACUUUCUCUGACCAGUUUUCUGCUACUUGUUUUUCUUGUUAUUUUCCUACAACUCUUUUGAAGUUGAUAAUUUUCCUUGAGUUUUACUUUUUAAAAUCUACGAUGGGAUCAUUAUUUCCUCAUUUUGGUGCAUUCCUAAACUCUGAAAUCAGCUCCGCACAAGUAUUGAGAAUAAACAAGCCUUUCUUUUUUAACAUGUGAGCAUUGUCCUUUCCCAGGAGUUCUGUGACUGUCUUUUCAAUUCUGUCAGAACUUCCCAGCUUUGUUGUAACUCUCCUUGCUGCACCUUGCUGUUUCUUCUCCAUUUGAGAAGAGUAGGAGAAGCAUGGCAUGCAGGUGGACGGCCUUCUGUUGUAAGACCUGAUGUGUAACGCCCAUCACAAAUGUGCCAUGGGUGAAAUUUGGCCUUCAUCUUAGUAGUAUUUCACUGUAAUUUUUCUCUUGUGACUGGAGUUAUCUGUUCUGUUUACAGUUGAGGCAUGGAGCGUAGGUGUCUGCUUCUGCUGCAUAUUCUUCAUUGGAGUACAACUUGCCAGAGAUGAUGAUCUAGAAUAUGAGAAGUUACUAAUGAAAAUAUAUUUAAAUUUAUAUUGUGAUUUUGACACUUGCAUCAUGUUUAAAUAGUGUAAGAGUUAUAGAAGUCACACAGUACUUAAUGGGUCUGUAAAUAAGAAAGGCUUUAGUUUUGAUAAACAUUCUUUAAUUCAGAUGCACAGAGGGUUUCUUACUGGGUCAGUGGAGUGAAAUGGUUUUGGUGAAUAUUAACCACGUCUCUCUGAAAUGGGUGUUUUAGAUUCUGUUAUCUACUCCUCAUCCCACAUUCUCCAUCCCCUUUUGAAGCCCUUUUGAAUGUUGAAUUGUUCAUAAGCUAAAAUUUAAGGAGAAAUUUCUGCCAACAACUUAGAAAGUUAAAGUAUAGUAUGUUGCCAAGCUGGCUGCACACAUUUUAUCAGGGAACUUUUUUGACUAUAGGAUUUAGGAUUUACUGUUAACUGAAAAAUAUAAAUUUUUUCUUUAAUUUGUGAUUAUGAAAUAGAUUAUUCUUGAAUAGAAACAUAUUUUAGUCAUUAUUUUGUGCCAAAUUUUUCUGGUUUCUUUUACAUCAAACUAGACAGUUUUAUUUUAAAAUCUGAAGUUUUCUUUUGGAAAUUGAGAAUGUUUGAGAAGAAUUAUACAGCUUCAGUACUACUCUCUCAAGGUUUAUAAACCAAAAUAGUAAGAUGGACAUUUCUGUGUUAUCCUCAGUAUGCUAGUCAUUAUCCACCGGUAAUCUGGCCUUUGCCUUUCCCCAUUCAAAAAUCGCAUUAGAUUUUCAUAUAUGUGAAUUGAUGAGCUAACAUCAAUAUAAAAA